UGGCUGCUGCGUGGACGCGUGGUGGUGUGGUGAUUAGCAGACGGAUCGGAUUACCCACUGUGAUUGAUCAGCGAGGCCCCGGGCCUUUUCCGGGCCUUUAAAUACCUGUCCCCGCGCCACCUUCCCCUCCAACUCCAACCAGAUAGGAUAGUUGUUCCACAUCCACAUCGACACCCACAUACAGGGCGCAGAAACCUCGAGCUUCAAGUAGUCGCCGACGAAGCCGGAGCAGAGGGAGAGAGAGGGACUGGGAGAUAGAGGAGCAGAGCGAGGAAAUGGCGCCCGCCGGGAAGCAGCAGCAGCAGGGCCAGGGCGUGGUGGCGGCGGCGGAGCCGGGCGCGGCGCGGCGGCUGUGGCGGGUGGUGCGCGCCGUGCUGUACGUGCUGCGCCGGGGCCUGCCGUCGGGCCGCAAGCUCGCCAUGGACCUCAGCCUCCUCCUCCACCGCGGCAAGAUCGCGGGGAAGGCGCUCGGCGAGCUCUUCCUCGCCUUCCACCACGGCCGCCACGGCGCCGCCUUCCCCUACGCCGGCAGCAGCAGCGCCGGCGGGCACGGGCCCUUCUCGUGCCGCGCGCUCGACCCGAGCCUCGCGGUCCACGAGCCCGCGCCGCGGGGGCGGCGCGAGGUCGAGUUCAGCUGCAGCAACACACCGUCUUCCGCUGCGAGAGGCGGGGGGCUCGGACUCCUCGGCGCCGGCAAGCGCCGCCGCCGCGGCAGCCACCACCGCGACGACAGCGGCUCCGGCGGCUACCUGCAGUACAGCAGCUACGACGCGGCCGAGGUGGCCCGGGUGUUCGAGAUGCUCAGCGACGACGACCACUGCUACCGCGCCUUCGGCGACGACGACGGCCCGGAGCCAAGCGCCACCUCCGCGACGCCGUCCCCUGCGCAGCUGCUUUACUGGGCGGUGGCGCGCAGCCCCGCCGUGGCGGCGGCGGCGGCGGCGGCGAAGGGCAGGACGACGCCGCGUCUCAUCACCGACUCGCCGGCGGACGGCGGGGGCGUCGACCGGCAGGCGGACGAGUUCAUCCGGCGGUUCUACGAGCAGCUCCGCGCGCAGAGGAGCGCCGCGUCCACCCCGGACUACUACGGCCACGGCGCCGCCGCCGCCGCCAGCCCCUACACCACCCCGCGGGCGCGGCGGCCCCGGCCCGUCGCCGCCGGCCUCGCCUAGCUAGUUGGAGCAAACGAGAGACCACCAUCUUGCUGCUGAGACUGAGAACGAAGUGCUCGCCGCGCGCGGCCGCCGGGUGGCCGGCCGGCCGGUCGAUGAGCUAGCCAAGGUCCACCGUACCCUUUGUGUUUAGGCCAGCUGAGCUGCAUGACCCUGCCUGCCUGCCUCGUGUUCAACUUCAACCACCACCCCCUGCUUGUACACCAUGCUUCCCAUCCACCCCUUCACGUGGUUUGUGCGCGAAACUACCUGGCUCGCUCUUCUUCUUCUUGUUUUAUUCCACUCAAGUUGGACCAUGGACACAUGAUUGUCCCCCCUAAAGCUUGGGUUUUUAAACCAAAUCAUACCACCUGGCCAUUCUACUACUUAGUUGCUUGAUGAUUA